AUGGAAUUGGAAAAAAUUGAUUUAAAUCAAAAAAAAAUUGGGUUAUUUAGUUCAAUUAUGUGGAUCUUUUAUUCAUUAGCAUCAAUGAUUUCAAGCAUAGUAGGAAUAAUUUAUAGAAAAGUUGUAAUUGUAGAUUCUACAAUGUCAUCACUUGACCCAUCAAAUACAACUGCAUUAACAUCCUCAACUUUAACAACAAUAAGAAUUAUUAAAUCAGAUUAUAUAUCAACUAUUAUAAUAACAUCAUUAGCAAUAAUAAUUUAUUUAUAUGUUGGAGUUUAUUUAUUUGGAUUAUCUAAAGUUAAACAUUCUUUAGCAAUCAGACAAGGUUCUAUUUGUUCUUUUAUGUUUACUUCCAUGUGUAUAGUACCAUUAAUCAGUACUAUUUAUAUUGAAUUAAAUCAUGAUAGAAGAAUAGGCGAGUUUGUUUGUAUCCUUAUGUUGGGUUUUACUUAUUCAAUUUACGCUGAAAGAAUAAUGUAUUUGUCUAUUGGAAGAAGUUUUUCAUUUAAACGAUUCAGGUCUUUAAUAUAA